AGUGACUCCACUUGACAAUAAGUUUGCUUGUCUCACUUCACUUGAAUACUCUGUGGUAAGAACAGAAGAGGAGAGCCUUACUUACCACCGUUUAUUAUAUGUUUCGUGCCUGUGUUAAUUGCUUUUAUAAUGCCAUUCGUAAAGAAAUUGAUCAGAUUAGGAUGAAUCACCGGGCUGGCCAAUAGCUAUUGGAAUGAUUCUCCACGUGUGACUUUGUUGCAUUAUUACAAAACGUGGCAGGAUAGACCUGCCCAGCCAUCGCGGCAGGUGUUCAUUUGUAAUGCUGUCUUAAGGAGCUGAGGAGAUGAGAACAAACUGUUCCAGCAGCGCAGGCUGCCCUGCCAACAGUUCGGAGGAGGAGCUGCCAGUGGGGCUGAAGGUACCUGGGAACUUGGAACUCGUUUUCACAGUGAUGUCAGUCGUGAUGAUGGGCCUGCUCAUGUUCUCGUUGGGGUGCUCUGUGGAGCUCCAGAAGCUAUGGUCGCACAUCAGGAGACCCUGGGGCAUUGCUGUAGGACUGCUGUGCCAGUUUGGGCUCAUGCCUCUUAUAGCCUAUCUCCUGGCCACCAGCUUUUCUCUGAAGCCUGUGAAAGCUAUUGCUGUGCUCAUCAUGGGGUGCUGUCCCGGGGGAAACAUCUCUAACAUCUUCACCUUCUGGGUUGAUGGAGAUAUGGAUCUCAGCAUCAGUAUGACAACCUGUUCCACAGUGGCUGCCCUGGGAAUGAUGCCACUGUGCCUUUAUCUCUACACCUUGUCCUGGGAUCUUGAGGAGACGCUGACCCUUCCAUAUCAGAGCAUAGGAAUUUCCCUUUUGUGCCUGACCAUUCCUGUGGCCUUCGGUGUCUAUGUGAAUUAUAGAUUCCCCAAACAAUCCAAAAUAAUUCUCAAGAUUGGGGCCACUGUUGGUGCAGUCAUCCUUUUGGUGGUUGCAGUUGCUGGUGUGGUGCUGGCGAAAGACUCUUGGAAUCCAGACAUCACCCUACUGACCAUCAGUUUCAUCUUUCCUUUGAUUGGCCAUGUCAUGGGCUUUCUGCUGGCAUUUCUUACCCACCAAUCUUGGCAGAGGUGCAGGACGAUUUCCUUAGAGACUGGAGCUCAGAACAUCCAGAUGUGCUUCACGAUGCUCCAGUUAUCUUUCAGUGCCAAGCAGUUGGUCCAGAUGCUUAGCUUCCCAUUGGCCUAUGGACUCUUCCAGGUGUUGAAUGGAAUUCUCAUUAUUGUAGCAUAUAAAGUGUACAAGAGGAUACUGAAGAAUAAACACAGAGAAAGGAACCCAGGUUGUACAGAAGGCUGUCAUAAAAGGAAAUCCCCUUCUCCCAAAGAGACCGGUGCUUUCUUGGAAAUGAAUGAAGAAGUUGCCUUACCUCUUGGACCAUCAGAGUCGAUGGACCGCCACAUGGCUCUCGAGCCCACGGGCCACAUCUCUCCAUCUGCCUAGUAGGGUCUUGUUGGCCUGACUGGUUGCCGGCUUCCUCAGCGGCCAGAAAAGACAGUGCAGAGCUGAUGUGUGGAUCUCAUUGGCAGAGCCUGUGGGAAUAUUUGCAUACUUAUAUUUUUGUGUGGAUAACGAGUUGUCAUAGGAUCCUUUUUUGAGACUAUAUUCUGGGUAUUUCAACAUAUUUCCUAGCUGCUGUGUUCACUCAACAUAUUUACUAGCUGCUAUGUUUUUGUCUUCCCAUGCAGUGAAGAGUAAUACCCAUUGUUAUGUAAAGUCAUUCUCACGUUGUGGAUUUUAAUCUCAUAAGAGCUGGGACUCUUUGUAGUGAUGUCAUCUUAUACUGCAGGGCAAGGACAGAGUCUAGACACUCUUGAUUGAGCAAAUCCUUUGGAGCUUUGGGGAGGAAGCAUAAAGCUCUCAUAAAAAAAAAAAUAGGGCCUUUUCCUUUUUUUUUUUUUUUUUUUUUUAGGGCCUUUUC